GGGGCGGGACUAAGUGUAAGCUAGUUUUGCUGGGUGUUUGAGGAAGCAGCUUUUAAUCUCCCACUCCGAGCCAAGACGAAAAGUCAACAUGUCAGGUAACAAUGCAGGAAGUGUGUCCACAGCCACAGACAGCGUGGCAACUACAGAGAAUUUAGCAGAGACGGAUGGUUUCUACAGAAGCAGCCCCGUCGUUUUGGAUCCUGCGGAGGAAUACACGAUGACCAGAAAGCGUCGCGGCGUCGCUCUCAUCUUCAACCAGGAGAGUUUCUUCUGGCGCCUGGGCCUGAACCCCAGAAGCGGGACGAACGCCGACCGCCACAACUUAGAGAGGAGGCUGCUGGAGCUGAACUUUGAUGUCAGGAGUUAUGAUGACUACAAACUGGUGGACGUCCUGGAAAAAAUCCAUGAAGCUGCCGAAGACGAUCACUCAGAUGCCGACUGUUUCCUGCUCGCCUUCCUUAGCCACGGCGAGAACGAUCACGUCUACGCUUACGACGGCAAGAUCAACAUCCAGGACAUCACCGCCAUGUUCAGAGGAAACAAGUGCAGGAGCCUCAUCGGAAAACCCAAGAUCUUUAUUGUGCAGGCGUGCCGUGGGGAGCAGCAUGACGAUCCCGUGACGCCCUGCGACGCCGUGGACAACGUGACAAAUGAGACGGUGGUGGACGCCUGCGCCAUCCACACCCUCCCUGCCGGCGCCGAUUUCAUCAUGUGUUACUCUGUUGCUGAAGGUUUCUACUCCCACAGAGAGACCAUCAACGGCUCGUGGUACAUCCAGGAUCUGUGUGAGUUACUCCGGAAGUACGGCAGCUCGCUGGAGUUCACAGAGCUGCUCACGCUGGUCAAUAGAAAGGUCUCGAUGCGCGAAGUCGGGAACUGCAAGGACCUCAGCGCAAUUGGCAAAAAACAGGUACCAUGCUUCGCUUCGAUGCUCACCAAGAAGCUCUACUUCCGGCCGAAGAAAUGAUCAACGGUUCGAUUGGUUGGUUUAAAUCUGAGCCUUUGAAUCUCAGCUGGUACAGCUGAUCCGCUCCGCAAAGAUGAGAAAAA